CCCAUUUCUCACUUGUAUCUCACCUGUAUCCCACCUGUAUCUCCCCUGUGUCUCACCUGUAUCUCACCUGUAUCUCACCUGUAUCUCUCCUGUAUCUCACCUGUGUCUCACCUGUAUCUCACCUGUGUCUCACCUGUAUCUCCCCUGUAUCUCUCCUGUAUCCCACCUGUAUCCCACCUGUAUCUCUCCUGUAUCUCACCUGUAUCUCCCCUGUGUCUGACCUGUAUCUCACCUGUGUCUCACCUGUAUCUCACCUGUAUCUCACCUGUAUCCCACCUGUAUCCCACCUGUAUCUCACCUGUAUCUCACCUGUAUCUCUCCUGUAUCUCUCCUGUAUCUCACCUGUAUCUCCCCUGUGUCUCAGCUGUGUCUCACCUGUGUUUCCCCUGUCUCUCACCUGUCCCUCCCUGUCCCACCUGCGCAGGUACGCGGCGUACCGCACGCCGCAGCUGCCGCAGUUCCGCACGCAGUACGUGCGGCGGCGCUCGCAGCUGCUGCGGGAGCGGGCGCAGGGCGGGCACCUGGCAGGUGAGGCGCGGCGCUGGUACCUGCGGCUGCGGGCGCGGCUCCUGGCCCAGCGCUACGGCGCCCUGUCCGAGCCGGGCAGCUGCCGCAGCGCCCUGAGAGCCAGCCGGACCACGCUGGACCGCAUGGAGGAUUUCGAGGAGGACCCGCGGGGGUCCCGGGGCCACCGGCGCUCCCUGAGCCGCAGCUCCGGCCCGGGGGGGCUGCGGGGGGGCCCCGACGAGCGCCCCCCCGGGGUGGUCCCCACCCCCCUGGCCGAGGCCAGCCGGGCCAUGGCCGGGGACACCACCCUGAGCGAGAACUACGCCUUCGCGGGGGUGUUCCACGUGUUCGACCAGCACCUGGACAGCGCAGUGCGGAAGGUGCAGUUUGCCCACGACGAGCGGCACCUGCUGGCGUGCUGCUCUCUGGACGGGACGCUGUCCGUGUGCCGCCUGGCCCCCGGGCCCCCGGCCGUGCUGCGGCGGCUCCGCGGCCACGGGGCCGGCGUGUCCGACUUCGCCUGGUCCCUGUCCAACGACGUCCUGGUGUCGGCCUCGCUGGACGGGACCCUGCGCCUCUGGGACCCCGCGGACGGGCGCUGCAUCCGCCGCGUGCCCGACCCCGACGGGGCCGCGCUGCUGUGCUGCGCCUUCCAGCCGCUCAACAACAACCUCACCGUGGUGGGCAGUGCCCGGCACAUGGUGCGGGUUGUGAACAUCUCCACGGGGAAGGCGGCUCGGGGGGGCACCGGGCGCCUCCCCGGGCGGGUCCUCGCCCUCUGCUUCGACGCCCCCGGGCGCGUCCUGUGGGCCGGGGACGACCGGGGCUCGGUGUCCUCGUUCCUGUGCGACCCCGGCACCGGCCGGCUGACCAAGGCCUCGCGGGUGCUGGUCCAGGCCGGCGGCUCCAUCACGUCGCUCUCGGCCCGGGCCUGGGCCAGCCGGGAGGCGCCGGACCCGUCCCUGCUGGUCAACGCCUGCCCCGACCGCCUGCUGCUCUUCCGGGUGGUGGAGGACGAGGGGGGCUCGGGGGCCCCGGGGCUGCGGCUCCGGCGCAGUUUCCCCACGCGGCACCGGGAGCAGCCCCUGAGGAGCUGCUUCUGUCCCCUGAUGUCCUUCCGGCAGGGAGCCUGCGUGGUGACGGGCAGCGAGGACGCCUCCGUGCACUUCUUCGACGUGGGCCGGGCGGCGCGGGCCACCGUGAACACGCUGCAGGGCCACGGGGCCGCCGUGCUGGCCGUGGCCUUCAACUGCGACGAGUCCCUGCUGGCCUCAGGGGACGCCGCCGGCACCGUCAUCGUCUGGCGCCGCCAGCACGCCUGAGGCGCCCCAAAAAACCCCCAAAUCCCCGUGGAAAACCCCAAAAUCUGCCUGGAAAUACCCCCAGAAAUACCCCAAAAACGGCCCCGAAAUGCCCCGG